AUGGCACAUUUGCUUUGGAAGGGUGCGGUGGGCGGGUCGUUUGACGGCGAGCUUUCCGGAUGGGUCGCAAGGCGGGUCUGUCAGUGGGUAGGUAUGCGGAAUCUGGAGUUUAUUUCAAUGGACCAUUUGCAAGCGUUAAUUGAUCCAAGCAAGCAAUUCGCUAAAGAUUCAAUUCGGUUGGUGAAAAGAUGCACAAAACCGGAUAGGAAAGAGUAUCAGAAAAUCGCAGUAGCAACAGCAGUCGGUUUUGCUAUAAUGGGUUUUAUCGGAAAGAGCUAUAUGAUUGUAUCUUACAUAUGCAGUCAGGCCAUUGCCGAAAGAUACACUACGUUUUCUGGCCAGAUAGAUGUGGUGAGUGAGACUUUAGUAGCGGAGAGAGAAAUGAAGCCUGUGGUUAUUUGUCUUUCUGGCAAACGAAAAUGUGGUAAGGAUUUUAUGGGAAGCUUGUUGGCGAAUCGUUUAGAAGAAAUUGGUUAUAAAGUUAUUAUUUGUGGCAUAAGUUAUCCACUGAAGGAAGAGUAUGCUCAAUUGAAUGGUGUUGAUGCUGAACGCUUGAAAUAUGAUAUGCGGUACAAGGAGAUAUAUCGUCGAGAUAUGGUUGCAUGGGGUGAAAAAAAGCGAAUCGAUGAUCCUGGAUAUUUUUGCAGGAAGGUUUUCGCAAAGGCAAAUUCAGCCGAUGUAUUGAUUGUGACUGAUUGUCGACGGCUUUCUGAUAUUGAGUUUUUUAAAAUGCAUUGUGGUCCUCGUUUGAGGUUGUUACGCAUCGAAACAGCGCUACCAGUGCGGGAAAUGCGUGGUUUCGUAUUUGUCAAGGGAAUUGAUGAUCAAAUGACUGAAUGUGGUCUCGACGAAUAUACUGAUUGGGAUGUUGUAUUUACUAAUGAUAUUGAGAUUGCAAACGAAAUAUUGCCAGUCAACUUAGAUGAAUGCUUAACUCGUCUUUGUUUUGAUAUACAUCAAUUGUUGCUGACUGGAAAGUGA